AUGUUAGACAAUAUCAAGGACAUGAAGAACUUGCUCCAAAGAGAGGAUGACAAGAAGCAGUUAAUGGUAGUAGAGAACCUGGUGCUCUCAACUUUGUUUGAGCAAUUGAGAUCUGAAAGUGCUGAACUUGAGUCAGAGAAAGAAGUUAUAGAGACGGAGUAUAAGGCAAUGAAGGAAAAGUUCACUGUUGUUGAAAUGGAAAGCCAUGAACUUCAGGCGAUGAGCAAGCAAAUGGAAAUGGAAGUGAGGAAAGGAGAGAGCUUCGGGUUGCAGAAAGCCGAGGAGGUUGAAGCAGUUUUUGGAGAACUCAGUCAUCUUAGCUCUGUUAACACUGGACUCAACAAGAAGAUAGAAGAGUUGGAGAAUAUGCUUGGAGCAAAAGAAUUCGAGUGUUUGUAUCUGACCAAAACAAUCAAGAAGAACCUGGAGUCAGAAGCUAGCACUUCGCAGAAGGAGAUUGAAGAACACAGGGUUAGAGAAGAGACCUUGAGCCUGGACUUACAGGAGAGAAGCAACGAGUCCGAAAUCUGGGAGGCCGAAGCUUCAUCAUUCUUCUUCGACCUCCAAGUAUUCUCCAUUCACGAGGUUCUUCUCGAGAAGAAGGUUAAUGAGCUUUUUGUGUUUUGUUCAACCCUUGAAGAUGACAAUGCAACUAAAGAUGCUAAGAUUAGACAGAUGAAGGAAAAGUUUGUUUCUUUGGAAACUGAAGUAGUGGAGCUUAAGUCUCAGAUAUCUGCAUAUGCUCCAGCAAUAGCUUCCUUGAAAGACAACAUUGAAUCCCUCGAGAAAAAUGCUCUCCUUUUGACAAAGCUUCCUUCUUCUACAGCUUGUGAUCAAACUCAGAAGAAUCUUGACAUUGUCUCAUUCUUCUGUGAUCAAGAUAUUGACAUAGCUUCUGAAGAUCAUCCAAACAAUAAGCACCACCUCGACCAACAACCUGAGAUUGCACCAUCACCACCGGAAGUAAAGAGCAACCCCAGCAGCAGCAAUGUCGAGGUUUUGAUGAAAGACAUUCAACUUGAUAGUUCUUCCUCCUCGCGCAGAAAGAUCAUGAAAGUCUCGAGAGCCGACGAUCAAAUGCUCGAGCUCUGGGAAUUCGCCGAGAAAGAUAAUGCCGGAAACAACAAUGGAGGAGGCCCAUCAACACCAACACCACCACUCUGGUCGUUGAGUCGAAAUCCAUCAUCAAGACGUUCGAAGCAGCACAAGACUCCUCCCUCCAUUCCUUCCUCUGAGAAGGAAUUAGGAAUUGAUGAUGUAAAGCAGGUGGUAGUACCAAUCAAAGACAAGAAGAGAUCCCCCCCAUGGAGGCAAGAUUAUGGAGAGACUUAA